AUGCGACUCAUUGACACAAAGACCGGGCUGUUCCAUUGGGUAGACCGCCCAACGGAGAUACCCUAUGCCAUUCUCUCUCAUGUCUGGGACGGCGAUCGGGAGCUGUCGUAUCAAGCUCUGUCGAGGGCCCAGGCGACUUCGCACCAAAGUACCGACCCCGACUACAACAUCUUUACCCACAUUCCCCAGAAGGUCAGAGACUUCUGCGCCUUCGCUCGCGAGCAGGGAUAUGACUACGGCUGGGUGGAUACCUGCUGCAUCGACAAGACCAGCAGCGCAGAGCUCUCCGAAGCGAUCAACUCGAUGUAUGCGUGGUAUCAGCAGGCAUCCGUCUGCUACGCCUACCUCGUUGAUGUGACCUGUGUCGGGACUCCUCACACCUCCUUCGAGGUUCACGAGCAGUUCUGCAAUAGCAUCUGGCACAGGCGCGGAUGGACGCUCCAGGAGCUCAUCGCCCCUCGCACCGUCAUCUUUCUUUCGAAGGAUUGGCGAGUUCUCGGCACCAAGGACACCCUCGCCCAGAUCAUCAGCACUGUCACUGGUAUCGACCUCGAAGUCCUCAACCAUCGAGCACCGCUCACUGGUGUAAGCGUUGCGCGCAGGAUGUCGUGGGCGGCUCGUCGGGUUACCACUCGUCUCGAGGACCGCGCAUACUCUCUUUUGGGUAUCUUCGGUAUCCACAUGCCGACCAUCUACGGGGAGGGCAACUACGCGUUCGUCAGGUUGCAGGAGGAAAUCCUCAAGCAGCUCCCAGAUCAGACCCUCUUCGUGUGG